AUACUUAGUUUUUCUUUGGUAAGAAAAAUAAAAAAGAAAAAUAAGUUGUGAUAAUAAUGCAAAUAAAAACACGCAUAAAAAUAACGUAAAUAUGGGUACGUACUUUCCAUAGACAAGGUGUUAUUUCACAGCAUGAUCAUUAGAUGAUCAUUAGUUAGGAUCAUAGCGUAUAUGCAUAUAUCGUCUGAUCCUAUUAUCUACAGUCUGAUCAAUGUGGACUGUGAUCUUUUGGCUUGUGGAAUUGUGAAAUAAAAAAUAAACAACUUGUAUACAGUAAACAAAACAAGAAAGGGAUUGCUGUUGUAUAUUGUAAUAAUUAUCAAAUUAGCGCGUCACAAUGACGUUUAUAUCAUAUAAGAAUAUAACUACAUAUUCUUUCACUGUUAAUUAAGCUGCUAUCAGUUGCUAUUUUUGAAACGACGUUACGAGUUGUUUUUAGCGAAUAAUUUCUAGAAUGAAAAUAAAUUAUAACCUCACAUUUUGCAUAUAUUUUAUAUUUUUUGGAAUCACAUCAUGUACUUUAAAUCCUAUAGUUUUCAUCCCAGGUGACGGUGGGUCACAAUUAGAAGCUAAGUUAAAUAAGUCCAGUGUUGUUCAUUAUGUUUGUGAAAAGUCAACCUCUGGUUUCUUUAACAUAUGGCUGAACUUAGAGUUGUUAGUGCCUCUAGUAAUAGAUUGCUGGGUUGAUAACGUUAAACUUAAUUAUGAUAAUGUUACAAGAAAAACGUUCAAUCAACCUGGAGUGGAAACACGCAUUCCUGGAUUUGGAUCGUCAGAAACAGUGGAAUGGCUUGAUCCAAGCCAUGCAUCAACUGGAGCAUACUUUAAAUAUAUAGGCGAUAUUCUAGUAAAAUUGGGACAUGAACGCAAUAUAACGAUUAAAGGAGCUCCCUAUGAUUUUCGAAAAGCGCCAAAAACCUAUUGUGCAGAUGAAAACCAAGAAUAUUUUGAAAAUUUGAAGAAUCUUAUUGAAACAGCUUAUGACGAAAAUGGUAAUCAAUCGGUCAUGUUAAUUGCCCAUUCAAUGGGUGGUCCGAUGUCUCUUCAGCUUUUAAGUCGACAAAAGCAAAGUUGGAAAGAUAAAUACAUUAAAUGUUUAAUCACCCUUGCAGGGGCAUGGGGAGGUUCAGUAAAGGCAGUAAAAGUGUAUGCAAUAGGAGAUGAUUUAGGAUCUUAUGCUUUACGAGAAAGUGUAAUGAAACAAGAGCAAAUUACUAGUCCUAGUCUUUCGUGGAUGCUACCAAAUCAAUAUUUUUGGGAUAAGGAUGAGGUACUAGUACAAACGUCAAAGAAAAAUUUUUCUCUAUCAAAUAUUGAGGAAUAUUUUAGAAGUUUAAAUUUUCCGAUUGGUUGGGAAAUGAGAAAAGACACAUUACCAUAUCAACAAGGGAACAUAGCGCCAGGUGUCGAAGUCCACUGUCUUUUUGGAGUUAAUAUUACUACCGUAGAAAGAUUGUAUUAUAAACCAGGGACAUGGCUCGAUGGUUACCCCACUUUAAUAAACGGAGAUGGAGAUGGAACUGUUAAUCGAAGAUCUUUGGAAGGUUGUUUACGUUGGAGCAAAAUGCAAUCUCAACCAGUUCACUACCAAGCCUUUCCUAAAGUCGACCAUAUGGGAAUUCUAAAAGAACAAGCUGUUCUUAAUUAUAUAUCCAAUUUAAUUAAUUCGGUAUAAAGAUUAAAUUUCGUCAAAAAAAUAAUUUUUGGUUGCAGUAAAAAAAAAUACAUAACUCCCUCACUGCGUUUCUGUACGUAUAUUUACAACAGUUUGCUUAGGUAGCUAGCGGCUUAAAUUUAUGCAGAAUAUUUAUCGAAAUAUGGAAUAUUUCUAUUCUAAAAUCAUACUUAAACAAUUUAAGUUAUUGAUAAAGAAAAUACCCCAAAACGCAAAAACAUCUUGUAGGGCAAUGAAUAUAUCUGAAGUUGUUCUUGGUUCAACUUUAAAAAUACAGAAUUAACGAAAUCUUAUAACACGCUUUCAAAAAGUAUAAUUUGUCUUUAAUAUGCUUUUGAAAAAAUGCUUCCUUUAAUUAUACCGUGAAAAUAAUAUUUUUUAAUUUGGGACCCUAAUUAUCAUGUUAAGGGAAUAGUUCAUAAUUUACGAAAUAAUCACAUUUACAAUGUUAAUUUAUGAGUUCCUUCUUACGCUUCAAGCAGCAAAAAGUAAUUCAUAGGAUUUUUUAUUUAUUUUUUAAGAAAUGUUUAUAUUCUUUUUGAAAUAGCAUUCCUUCAUAAGAAGCUCUCUAAAAUUUGUGUUGUUCCUGUCUGUUUUUGUUGUGAUAUUUUUUGGCAGCCAUAACCUUUGUUGUCCUUUUUUACAUUGAAUGUUAUUUUUAUUAUUAAUAAAAUGUUUUUACAAAGAG